CGCCGCUCGCCGGCCUCUCCCGAGCGCGUCUAUGAGCGCAGCGCUCCCGCCAUCGCUAAGGAUGAUGCAGCGCCCGCUGGGGAGCAGCACCGCCUUCAGCAUCGACUCUCUGAUCGGCAGCCCGCCACAGCCUAGCCCCGGCCACUUCGUCUACACCGGCUACCCCAUGUUCAUGCCCUACCGGCCGGUGGUGCUGCCGCCGCCGCCGCCGCCGCCGCCCGCGCUGCCCCAGGCCGCGCUGCCGCCCGCGCACCCGCACCACCAGAUCCCCAGCCUGCCCACCGGCUUCUGCUCCAGCCUGGCCCAGGGCAUGGCGCUCACCUCCACGCUUAUGGCCACGCUGCCCGGUGGCUUCUCCGCCGCGCCCCAACACCAGGAGACGGCGGCCGGCCGCAAGUUCGCGCCUCAACAGCUGCCCAGCGCGGGCAACUUCGACAAGGCGGAGGCGCUGCAAGCCGAGGCCGAGGACGGCAAGAGCUUCCUGGCCAAGGAGGGCUCGCUGCUCGCCUUCUCCGCGGCUGAGGCGGUGCAGGCGUCCCUCGUCGGGGCUGUCAGAGGGCAAGGGAAAGACGAGUCAAAGGUGGAAGACGACCCGAAGGGCAAGGAGGAAAGCUUCUCCUUGGAGAGCGAUCUGGACUACAGCUCGGAUGACAAUCUACCUGGUCAGGCGGCGCACAAGGAGGAAGAACCGGGCCACGUGCUGGAGGAGCCCCCGGCUGGCGGCGGCGCGGCUGGUAGCACCACAUCCACCGGCAAGAACCGGCGACGGCGGACUGCCUUCACCAGCGAGCAGCUCCUGGAGUUGGAGAAGGAGUUUCAUUGCAAGAAGUAUCUCUCGCUGACCGAGCGCUCGCAGAUCGCCCACGCACUCAAGCUCAGCGAGGUGCAGGUGAAAAUCUGGUUCCAGAACCGCCGGGCCAAGUGGAAACGGGUGAAGGCUGGCAAUGCCAACUCCAAGACAGGGGAGCCCUCCAGGAAUCCCAAGAUCGUUGUCCCCAUCCCUGUCCACGUCAGCAGGUUUGCUAUUCGAAGUCAACACCAGCAGCUGGAACAAGCCCGGCCCUGAGAAUCUAGGGGAGACUGGGUCUGGCACCCACUGUAGAAAAGUGGGCACCCCGCAAUGGCGGGACCCAUGGUGGACGCACUGUGUCCAAAGCUAAACUCAAAGUCACUCCCCAACUUUGUGGACAUCCCAAGCAAGUUGAGAAUAAUCUAUCCUCUGCACAGCCUUCAAAGACUGCUUUUAAAGGGGUCACAGCCACACCAGAAAGACAUAGUAAAUAUUUAUUAUACUAUCCUACUUUGUACAUAGAUAUCUAUAUAGACUG